AUGUCAAUAAUUAUAAAUUCAAACAAAACUAAACUGGUCGGUUUAGUGGCCGGUGUAUCAUUUCUUCUAUCGGCCGGUUUUAUCAAUUUGAAUAUACUCAAUUGGCAAGAUCAGGCGCAGAUAGAAGAACAAUUAUACCUUAAAUCUAUUGAACGUCAAAUUUUUUCAUUACCAAUAGUAAAAGAAUUAAAAAAUGAUUCAUCGUAUGAAUUAAGAGUUCAUGAUAAAGGUGCACGACAAAAAAAUCAUUUUACCACCGGAACUUUGAGAGGAAAAGGAAAAUUUGUCGUUAAACCUUUAAUUUUCUUUUCAGAGGAAAAAAAAGAAUGUGUCUAUAUUCUACAUGUUGGAAGUGAUAUGUGUGGUCAUAAUGGAAUCGUUCAUGGUGGAUUAUUAUCAACUAUAAUGGAUGAAGUAUUGGCCAUAGCUUCCAUACCUUGCUUGCCAGGUAAAAAUGGCGCUACUGCCUUUUUACACGUAAAUUUUCGUAAACCAUGUAAAGCAGAACAAAUUUUAAUUGGUCGUGGUAAAACUACUAAAUUGGAAGGAAGAAAAGGGUUCGUUGAAGGAACUUUAGAAACUUUAGAUGGUAUUAAAUUAGUUGAUGCUAAUGCUUUAUUUAUCAGCGUAAAGAAAUUAGAAUAA